CUCAUCCAUCACGAUUAUUCAGACCGCAAGACUCAUCCUGAACACUCGUACCACCUUCCGGCUGUAGUUAUAAGUAGUGGUUGCUGUCAUGGACGCCUUCUUCGGAGGAACAAUCACACCAUUGUUGCAAUUGCGCCAUCGGAGACAAAGACGAGGGGUUGAAUCGCCCCGCCGACACCGAGUAGCUUAAAAGUACGCCAUAUAUUUUUGGGCCUGAUAAACGACGGAGUCUACACAUUUGCUUCUUCUUCUCCUCUUCUUCCACUUCAGUCACCCAUAGAAUUUGGUAUUAUUAGAGUCGAAUUCGAGAUGACAUUCACUGAACAUCCCAUCGAGACCCCGCCACGGGCACCCUCUCCAGUCCACAAAUUCGGCACUUUAGCAGUACAUGCUGGAAGCCCCCACGACCCGGUGACGGGCGCUGUUAUUGAGGCUAUCUCCCUCUCCACAACCUUUGCCCAGACUAGUGUUGGACAUCCUGUAGGAGUCUUCGAAUACUCCCGGUCUUCGAAUCCAAAUAGGGACAACUUUGAACGCGCAAUUGCAGCCCUGGAACAUGCCCGCUAUGCCCUCGCCUUCAGUUCGGGUUCCGCAACAACCGCCAACAUUCUGCAAUCCCUCGCCGCAGGCUCCCAUGUAAUAUCUGUCUCCGAUGUGUACGGCGGGACACACCGCUACUUCACAAAAGUCGCGCUUUCCCACAACGUCCAAGUGACCUUCUCGCCCUCGAUUGAAAUCGACAUCGCUGAGCUCAUCCGCCCGGAAACGAAGCUGAUCUGGAUAGAGACGCCCUCAAACCCUACGCUAUCGUUGGUUGACAUAAGGCGAGUGGCUACCGUAGCGCAUCAACAUGGUAUUCUCGUGGUUGUAGACAACACAUUUCUAUCACCAUAUAUCCAGAAUCCACUGGACCACGGAGCAGAUAUCGUUGUACAUUCCGUCACGAAAUAUAUAAACGGACACUCAGAUGUUGUUAUGGGUGCUGCGGCUUUUAAUUCCUCAGAGCUGAACGACAGACUCACGUUCCUGCAAAACGCCAUUGGAGCCGUUCCCUCGGCAUUCGACUGCUGGCUUGCACACCGCGGUCUGAAGACGUUGCAUCUUAGGGCACGAGAGGCCACGAAAAAUGCCACAGCAGUUGCCCACGCACUCCAAUCCUCGCCCCACGUUGUUGCAGUCAACUAUCCCGGUCUCCCCUCCCAUCCACAGUACGCUGUAACCCUAAAGCAGCACCGUGAUGGCAUGGGUGGUGGCAUGCUCUCUUUCCGUAUCCGCGGCGGUCAUGAAGCUGCCGAGAGGUUCUGCCAAUCAACCAAGAUCUUCACACUAGCUGAAUCGCUUGGUGGAGUGGAAUCUCUCGUAGAAGUCCCAGGCGCCAUGACGCACGCUGGGAUCCCGCGCGAGCAACGCGAGGCAGCAGGCGUCUAUGACGACUUGGUACGAGUCAGCUGUGGUAUCGAGGAUGAGUACGAUCUUAAGGCAGAUGUGUUGCAGGCGCUUGAGAAGGCAGUCGUAGGACCCAAGAUCAAGAACGGGCUUGCGAAUGGACAUGGGCAUGUUCCAGCAUGAGAACAAAAGAGAGGUAUCAGGAGCUGGGGGUGUUUGUGUUGAUUAUUUGGUCUUGUUACGAGCCAUGGCAGCGAUAGUUUCUAGACACGAGGAAAAAGGCAUGGAAUGUUAAAUGGCGUUUCGGAUGUCGUAGAGACCCGAAGCUAAAAGAGUAUGGAUGGCAUUCAACAGAAUCCUCUCUAAUACAAGCAUACAGGUGCCAAAUCUAAUUUCUUUCCUAU